AUGAGGCCAACUCUCAAUUGUCUUCUCUCGUCUCUACAGAGAAGCGGGACGUGCACCAAUUCUUUGAUUGCAGUCUUGACUAUUUGUGUGCAACAACUGUUCUCCUCUUACACAUUCAGUUGUCCGUGUCAAGCCGGGAAGAACUUCUACUACGGUUCGGCUUUUCUCCUGGUUCCUUCCCUGAUUCUUCUGAUUGUUGGCUAUGCUCUCAGAGGCCAAAUGUGGACGGUCGCCAGCGAAUACUGCUGCUGCAGCUGUGCCCCUCCGUACCGGAGAAGCAGCCCUCUGGAGAGGAGGCUGGCCUGCCUCAUGUUCUUCAACAUCACUGGGAGGGCGCUGGUUGCUCCACUGACGUGGCUGACAGUGACCCUGAUGACAGGCACCUACUAUGAAUGUGCGGCAAGUGAGUUUGCCUCUGUGGACCAGUACCCAAUGUUCGCUAAUGUCACUGCCAGCAAACGGGAUGAGAUCCUAGCUGGGUUUCCAUGCUACACGUCGGCUCCUUCUGAUGUGAUUCCAGUAAGAGACGAAGUGGCUCUUCUCCACAGAUACCAGUCACAGAUGCUGGGCUGGAUUUUGAUCAUUUUGGCAACCAUUGCUUUUCUGGUCUCCAAGUGUCUGGGAAGAUGCUGCUCCCCCCUUACCUCUAUGCAGCAUCACUACUGGUCCAACCACCUCCAGAGUGAGAGAGCGCUCUUUGAACAAGCCGCAGAGGAACACUCGCGACUUCUCAUCAGACAUCGCAUCAAGAAAGUGUUUGGUUUCAUUCCUGGGAGUGAAGACAUCAAACAUAUUCGCAUUCCUUCAUGCCAGGACUGGAGAGAUAUUUCCAUACCCAAUAUUCUAUGUGUGGGUGACACCACACAGGGUCCCUAUAGCUUCCUCGGAGAAAGGGUGGUUGAGGAAAAUGAGGAAGACAGACAAGAAGGUAUUGAACUGAAGCCUUGA